AUGUCGCAAAGCACGAUGGCCGCACCCGCUCGGGACAAGACGCUGGCCGAAUCGAUUUUCGACAUGGAUCGAAUCGCCGACGAAACUCUGCGAGAGUUGUUUUCCUGGGACGCGGUCAAAAUUCUCAACUUCAAAGAACACCUUCUGAGCAGAUAUCAGUCAGCCGCUUGGCUAUUCAAUAAUGGCACCGCAAACUUCAAGAACAAUGUCAAUAGAGCGACUCUACGAGAGAUAGGAUCACAAGUGAUGGAAAGCUGGGCGGAGGACUUUGGCAACGACCAUGGCCUGACGGAGGACCAGCUGCGCUAUAUCAUCGAGCAGGUUUUGCGCGAGAAAAAGAAUCACUACGAAACUUCGAAGCGAGACCUCGCGAAGCAGACUGCAAAGAAGAGAACCGCAGAUAACAGCAUUCCGGUCCCUACAUACCCAAUUAAAAGGGUACGGACAAGCGAAUCCGAGGAACAGCAACCUCAACCUAAAAGUACUAGACAAGACGCGGUUGAGGCUGCUGUGCUUACCGAAGCCACCAGCAGCGCGACCGGAAUGAUCAAGCUCAGCCCAGACUCCAUCAACACUAUUGUUAGUAGCUUAACGGAUGCCUCGACUAAACUUACCGACAAUGCCGCCAUUGACGCAAUCACUGCACGCAUUACCCAGGCCAUGAACGAUUUGAUUCGCGGCGCAGUCAAAACGCAUCUGAAAGACACCAUUGACGACCACCUGGACGAGCAUCAUCCGGUUUUCCAACGAUUGAUCGAGUUCAUGGAGAAUGACAUGACGAAUACCAUGGAGACUUCCGCGAAGAGCGCCAUGAAUAAUUCUAUGGAGAAGGUCAUGAAAAAGUCCAUGAAGAAGGUCAUGAAGAAGUCCAUAGAGAAGGUCAUGAAGAAGUCCAUGGAGAAGGUUAUGAAGAAGUCUAUGGAGAAGGCCAUAGAGAAGGCCAUGAAGACGGCUAUGGAGAAGACUAUGGAAAAGACUGUGGAAAAGGCCAUAAAGAAGGCUAUGAAGUAG